CGAUGGACGUUAUUCCUGAAACUUUACACCAAGCCAGCAUUCAGAGCCACCUCGUAACUGCGUAAUACUGUAUAAUAUACAAACGUUACCCCACGUAACUUCACAGUAGUUAUUCCGUACAAUCUUACAGGACCGUUAUCCAAGGCUGAUCUGCACCGGGAACCUGCUGCAGCCGCUCCACAGCGCUGAGAUUAAGGUAACGACUCGCUAAUAACUGCCGCAGCCGCGGCAAGCCGCUCAGCAGGACCCGUGACGCUGGGUCAGAAGCACCAUCCCAUCUCCCGAAAUAAUCGCGCUUCCUAUUUUGGGAGUUCUGAAUGCACAACCCGGGCCGGCAUGUGAGCUCGCCAGCACCUAACUCACCGUCUUUUCCCGCCGAACUCGCGUCGGCACCAUGGCAACGACCCGCCUAACCUUCCUGUAUCCGCAUCUCUUCCGCACGGGAGGGCGCUGGGGCGAGCCCGCCGCAUCCCAAGCCGUUCGCAGCUCGCGUCCCAAUUCGCGUCACAAGCCUUCGUCGCCGCUGCCGCCGUCGCCUGUCAGCUGCCUGCAUGCCGCGCAAUUCACGACGCCCUCGGCCGGGAGGCAGGCCGCCUUCGCCAAGCGAGCCGGGAAGGGCAUCGAGCCGCUUCCGUUAAACGACGCCAGCAAGACCCAGCGGAGGAGCGAAGGCGGGAAACAGGAAGGGAGAGAAGAGAAGGAAGCAGCGAAGGGCGCGACACAGGCGACGCAGGCGGCGCAGGCGACACAAUCGACGCCGUCACCACAACCUUCGACCUCCGGGGAGGGAAGCCCCCAAGCGAGCUCUCACCCUCCGCCGGGAGACAUAGACCCCAUCACCCAAGCGAAGAAGGGUAGCCCGAUGGACGAGCUCCUGCACAUAGGCCCUCCGCCCGGCUCGUCGUCCCCUCCGCCGCCAACGGCCCUCUCGUCAGACCAAUCCCCGCCCUUAAGCAGCACCACCAGUCCGGGUACCGCCGCCGAAGCCGGCGGCACCGGCAUCUUGCCAAACGAGAAAGCGCCUCCCCACCUGACCCCGCCGCCCUACGUCCACCACUUUGACUCGUACACGCUGGUCAAGCAGCUCACCGCCGGCGGGUACACGCUGCCGCAGGCGAUCCUGGCGAUGAAGGCGAUCCGGACGCUGCUGGCGUCGCACCUGGACGUGGCGCAGGCCGGGCUGGUGUCCAAGGCGGACAUGGAGAACGAGUCGUACCUGUUCCGGGCCGCGUGCAGCGAGCUGAGCGCCGAGGUGCGCAACAACCGGCGCGUGGCCGACGAGCAGCUGCGCCAGCAGCGCACCCUGCUGCAGCACGAGGUCGACAUCCUCGCCCAGCGCCUCAACCAGGAGCUGCUGACCCUCAACGACAGCGUGCGCGGCAUGUUCAACGACCGCCGCAUGGCCGUGCGCGAGGAGCAGAAGGCCGUCGAGAGCAGGAUCCAACAAAUCAACUACAAGAUCAGCGUCACGCUCAACAGCGACGCCAAGUCGGACAUCGAGGCGCUGCGCUGGGUGCUGAUCCGGCGGUCGGUGCUGGGCAUCAUUUUCAUGGCCGUGCUCACGCUCGGCAUGCUCCGGUACGCGACCUUCGUGAGCCACCAGCGGCAGAAGGAGGCCGAGCAGCGGGCGCGCGAGGCCCAGGAGGCCAAGAAGCCCGACGGCAGGUCCGACCACUCGCCCGCGCCCGACGCGGCCGAAAUCCUGGCGGCGAAUUGAUUCAUGGUUUUCUUCGUAUAGCGGCCGAGGCGGGCGCGGGCGCUGUACCCUGGAUUUUCCUUCCAACGUUCCGUCAUCAGAUACCAUAGACGCGAUUGCAUAGCACCAGGAGCGUUAAACAACGUUGACAG